AAUGUUAUUUGAAUUCCGUUUCUUGGAGUACUCAAAAAUGUCAAAAUAUGUAAACGCAAUCCAGUCAUCCAAAACAACAAAAAAAAAAGAAAAACAAGCAACAAAGACGUCAAGAUUUCCUGACGGAUUUUUUGGAGGACAUUGCUGCCGUUUUUGGUAUAUUUCCUUAGUUCGUGAAACUUUAACAUUUACAUAUUUUAAAAAGUGUGCUUCAUUGUGCUUUUCCUUUUGAUAAUUUAAAUGUUUGCCUAGCAGAAUAGCAGUAAUGCUUGGGCUAAUGAAAAAUAUUCAACCUCAAAGUUCCCAAUACGUUACUUCCCCAUACCAAAACCGUCCAACGGCACAACAAAUAUCAAGUAACUGCAAUGUCUUUGCGUGCAAUUAAAAAACGAGAGAGUCAACAAAAUUCCACAGCUAGCGUGCGACAGACGAUUUUUAAAAAAUCCCAUACAUCGCCACGCAAGCUAUUAUCAACAGCUAGUUCUUCUUGUGGUACUGACAAUAUUGACAAUAUAUCAAAAGUUAAUAAUACUGCCAUUUUGAAACAAACAAGUAGUUUGCAUACACUACGCAACUUAAAAAACCAACACUUCUUACUUGAUCGCGCUGUACAUUCCAACCCGGAACUACGUCAUCCACUAACUACCGGCGACGAUACGGUUGAAAGCCUCGCACAUGUGGUGCGCACCAAAUCCGACGGUGACUUGCGUGCAUUACUAAAAAGUUGUACAGGUAAUGCAGCAGAUACAGAAGGGCGUGGCUUGAUCGGUGCUAAAUCAGAGGUUUGCUUACAGUCCAUUUCAUCGCACAGUUAUCAAGACGAUAGCUCUGCCGCACCGACGCCCACAGCGAGUAGUCGACACCAAGUUUCAACUAAUUUAAAAGCCAUCGAUCCUUCACAACGUCCAAAGACAUUAGCCACCAACAGUAAUAUGCUAUCCGGUGCUCGCUCACAUCGUGACCUUUCACAAUCGGCGUACGGCGCCAACAACAGCACGUAUGACAUCACACUUUCACCGACCCGCCGACGUAUGAGUGAGUGUAGCUUGAAUUCAAGCACAAGCUAUUCUCAACGCACAAGUGCAAUGUCUAGUAGCGCUUUAACGCUGUCAUCCAAUAGCCCCGCCACAAAUGAACCAAACACUGUGAUGCGUGUGCCAAUAAUCGGUUAUGAAGUUAUGGAGGAACGUGCGCGCUUUACAGUGUACAAAUUGCGUGUAGAGAAUCCAAUGACAAAUGAUUGUUGGCUUGUGCUGCGACGAUACACCGAUUUUGUGCGUUUGAAUACAAAACUUAAGCAGCUAUUUCCAAAUAUCGUACUUUUGCUGCCACGCAAGAAAAUCUUUGGUGAUAAUUUCAAUGCCGUCUUUCUUGAUAAUCGGGUACAAGGUCUACAAAUAUUCGUCAACUCCAUUAUGUCCAAAGAGGAGUUGCGUAAAUGUAAACUUGUACGUGAGUUCUUUUGCUUAGACGAACCGCCAUCAUAUUCUGAAUCGAUGGAGGAGUGCAGGGCUAUUUUUGAAGCGCAAGAGGAGACGAUAGCUCAUCUAAAAUCGCAAGUGAAUAGCAAAAACGAAUUGAUAUUAAAUUUACAACAAAAACUGCGUGAUGAAAUCGCGGAGAAAGAGCACCUCAAAACUGCCUUGAAAAAUGCGUCUGCCAAUUGUCCGAACUGUGCUAUUGUGCAUCAGGGUGCUCCUUAAAUUAGUUCAAACCGAAAUUCUCGGUUACAUUUAAAGCAUAAGAUAUUUAAAAUAUUUUUACAGCGAAAAACUAUAUAAUAUUAUUAAGUAUGUUAUGCAUGGCAUAACCAAAUCAGCAAAAUGUAAAGAAAAACAAACAGAGAUAUUCUGCUGCAAAAAUGGCAAAAUGAAUCUUCUGGCCAGGCUCGAGUUUGUUAUUAAAAUUAGGAGUUCUUCUGCGGAAUUAAAAUGAAAAUGUAAUAUAAAGAGAUAUAAUCUCAAGAUAUUCAAUUGUAGUUCGCGAAAUCAAAGCUAUUUCCGUGCUCGAAAAUAUGAUAUUAGUUAUUUUUUUUUUAGGGGAUGUGUAACAAAUAUAACUUAUUUCCUUGUAAACCUUUAGGUGCUUUAGUUUAAACAAACGACAUUAUAUUGUACACAAAUUUUCAAACAAAGUAAACACAAAUGUUUUCAAAUUAAUAGUUAAAAAUGUUAUAUAUAUUCCGAUAUUUUCCUUAUCAUAGCAUAAUUUUGCUACUGAGUUAGAGAAAUAUUAGAAAA